AUGGCUUCCGCCGCCUCUGAUUCGGCGGAGAAAUCAGAGGAUCAGGGAGACGACGUCCGCCUGCCCAAGGAGCAGCCUCCGUCACCCUUCUUUGAGACGAAGACCUUUCGCCUGAUCUCGAUAUUUUUGUAUCUUGGCGGGAUUAGCAGUCUGGGCAUGGUGCUGGCCCUGUACUAUCUGCUCUUCUUCGACUCCAGCAUGCCGGACAUCCACCUCAAGUUUCCAGUCUCGAUUGGGGGUCAUCCGGUGCAGAAAGUGCACGAGUACCAGUGACGAAUGCCUCGAGAAUGGGGAGGAGGUUUUUUCGCCCACAAUGCCCGGAAACUGGAGGAGGAAAAGGUGGGCACUAAUUGGAUU